GCGCGUUUUCUGACGUCGUCCCCGUGGGCCGAAGCGCGCGGCGCUAGGUUGUGAUUUUUUUUUCUUUUUUUACUCCUCGUGGAACGUCAGCUCGCGCCACCUCCGUUGCGUCCGUGCAGAAAAAACCCAAAACUCCCCCCCGUCUUCCUGGGGGGGGGCAUGUUACACUCCCUCGGCGUUUCGUUUUAAUGUAAACGGGAUUCGGAUGAAUCGAUUCGUGGAUCGAUAAUUCCUCGUCGUUAUCGACAGGAUUUCCUCGUGUGUGUGCGCGGGCUCGGAGUGACGUCAGCCGCUGCAGCCGUUCCCCUCUGACCCGCAGUCCGGCUCGGCUCUCGUCUGCACAGCGUAGCUAUAAUGCGUGUGCAGGUAACCUUGUCUGUGCGUGGUCACGUGUAAAGGCUUCAGUGUUUCAACUUUUUGUUGUUGUUGUUUUGUGUGUGUGUGUGUGUGUCUGCAGUCGUUUGUUAACUCAGCGGGAUGGAAUUUCUGAAGAUCGAGCAAGUCGUCGUUGGGGGUGAAAGGAUGGCGACCUCAAACGACAUCAAGUCCGAACCUUUGAGUCCCGCUCCUCUGCAGCCCUUUCAGCACGACAGUCUGCAGUGUUUCCAGUGCUUCAUCACCUUCUGCAACUCCAAGGCCAAGGAAAGGCAUGUGCGGAAAUGUCACAGGGAGGAAUACAAGCAGCAGCUGCAGCAGCAGAGUGAUACAGUGUUCACCUGCUAUGUGUGCGACCGGAGCUUCUUAUCCUCUGAGGAGCUGACCCAACACCAGGCCUCCCAUAGUACAGAGGACAAGCCCUUCCGAUGCGCCAACUGUCAGGGAAGCUUUCGCACCUUCUCUGAGCUGAUGACACAUCGGCGACAGGAGUGCACAGAGCGGCAGUAUGUCUGCAAAGACUGUGGCAUGGUGUUCCGCAGUCCGACCCGACUUCGCACUCACCGCAUCACCCUGCACCCCCAGCCGGUGGAAGAGGCCGACGACGACUCCAAGACUUACCGCUGCGGCAAGUGCAAUCUGGGUUUCCAGAUGGAAGCGGAGCUCUUGCAGCACCAGGAGCUCUUCGCUGACACCCAGAAUUGUGACAUUAGACCCCCUGCCAAAAAACGUGGCCGUCCACCGAAGAAGGUAGCUGAGAAAGAGACAACCAACGAUAAGAGGAGCAAGGAAGCUGAUGAGGGGGGAGCAAAGAUAGAGGAAGGAAACAAGGAAUCUCUGACAAAGGGGACCAAACAACGUGGGCAGCCUCCCAAGGAGCAGCAGCAGCAGCCACAAACAGAUCUCAAGAUCCCCUGCCCUGAAAAUGAUUGCGACCUAAUAUUUUCUUCUGUUACAGCCCUCCGGGCCCAUAAGAGAGAUAAACAUGGGCCUCCCCCACCUCCGCGCAAGGCUCAUCCAUGCACAGAGUGUGAGGAGAGCUAUGCCCGGCCUGAGCAGCUCAAGGCCCACAUGGCCCGGGCUCAUGGUUACAACAGGCACACCUGCCCCACCUGUGGGAAGAGCUUUGGCCGCGAGGGCAACCUGAAGGCUCACCAGAAGACCCAUGCCGAGGGAGAAGAGGCUACAGACAAGGAGAAAAGAUAAUAUGGAGAGAGAAGGACUGCAACUUGAUAAUGGACUAUCCGGUCAAAGUUGUACUGAUUACUGUAAAUUGCCCAUCUUGGGAGAGAGAUCCCUCCUCUGUUGCUCUCCCCGAGGCUUCUUCCUAUUUUUUCUCCCUUUUAAAGGUUUUUUUUUUAAAAAAAAUUUUUUUUCUUUUUCUUUUAGGGACUUGUUCCUUAUCCGAUGCGAGGGUCUAAGGACAGGAUGUCGUGUUGCUGUAAAGCCCCUUGAGGCAAAUUUGUAAUUUGUGAUAUUGGGCUAUACAAGUAAAAUUGACUUGACUUGACUUACUGUAUUGUACUCAACAUUCUGGGGAUUUUUUUUUUUUUAUGCGGAUAAUUGGGCUUGAGUUUUCAAAUAUGCAACGUGCCCGACUGAAUAUUGAGUUUGAUCCUUGGAAGUUUUUUUUUAAUUGCCUUUAGAAAGGUAACAUACACUUGAAAGUAAACAUCUGUACUCAUGUAUGUAUACAAUUAUAAGUUCAAUUAAGAGCUUAUUUUCAUGGGGUCCUAUUUCUUUUCUAUAUUAUCUAUCAUAUGCUUUCAACAAAUGUGUUUUUAUAUUCAAAGUAGAAGGAAAAAUGAGCUUAUUUUCCCUCGAGUGUUGGGACGUUUUUUAUUUAACUGUGCUAUUAUCACAAGCUUGGAACACUGUGGAUGAAAUUAGAAAUAUUUCCAUUAUGAUUUAGGUCUUUAGCAUCCAUCAUGUGUGAUCCAAAACAGGGCCAGAUUGGAUAUGAUUGUGUGCUGUAUGACUUCAUUGACAUAAUAUCGGGAUCUCUUUCUUUCUCCAAAAGAAAGCAAAAAAUUAAUUAAAGUAAACUUGUCAUCAUUUGAGUGUAAUUUUGGAGUUAAUUCGUGAAGAUUCGUGCCUGACUUUGAACAGUAAAUCUGAAGACACUGCAACACAGAAGUAUAGGCUUUAAAAGCCUACUUAUAAAAUCAUGGGCAGCAGCAUAUGAAAAUAAAGGUGGGAUUAC